UGGAAGAGGAGCAUGGAGGAGGACAACAAAUACACGUCCAAACUGUCGCCCACUGUGGACUACUGGGCCGGCAUGUACCUAGUGGUGAUAGCGGUGCUGUCGGUCCUGGGUAAUGCUGCGGUCCUGGUGACCUCAGCACUCCGGCCAACUCACCUCAAGGCCCCGGAGCUCCUGACAGUCAACCUGGCAGUGACAGACAUAGGCAUGGCUCUCAGCAUGUACCCCCUGUCCAUCGCCUCACUCUUCAACCACGCCUGGAUUGGAGGGGACUCCUCCUGCCUGUACUAUGGCCUGAUGGGGAUGAUCUUCAGCACGGCCAGCAUCAUGACCCUGGCUGUCAUGGGUCUGGUACGAUACCUGGUGACAGGAAACCCACCCAGAACAGGCAACAAGUUCCAGCGUCGGACCAUCACCAUGGUGAUCAGUUUGAUCUGGCUGUACUCUGGGCUGUGGGCUGUAUUCCCUCUCCUGGGCUGGGGCGGCUACGGACCGGAGCCCUUCGGAGUGGCCUGCUCCGUGGACUGGGCAAGCUACCAAGACUCCCUGAACCACUCUACCUUCAUCAUGUCUCUGUCUAUCUUCUGUACCUUCAUCCCCUGCCUCGUCAUCCUCUUCUCCUAUUCCGGCAUAGCCUGGAAACUCCACAAGGCAUACCAGUCCAUCCAGAAUGGAAACUUCAACUAUGGACACGUUGAGAGGAAAGUCACUCUGAUGGCGGUGUUGAUCAGCUCAGGGUUCAUCGUGGCUUGGUCUCCGUACGUGGUGCUCAGCUUUUGGUAUAUGUUCCAGGGGAAGUCCAGUCUGGCCCCGCUGGUCUCCCUGCUGCCCUGCCUGUUCGCUAAGGGCUCCACGGCCUACAACCCUUUUAUCUACUACAUCUUCAGACGCUCCUUUAGACGCCAGCUCCGCCAGCUCCGGGGGCUGAUCUGUUGCUCUGCCCAGCCAGACACAGCUUCGCGUGGGGAGACGGGAGAGGAGGGCAGACAGACUUUGAGGUCUGACCUACGACAGAGUCUCCCGGAAGAGAAGAGUGGAGCUCCUCUGGAAGGGGAGUUGGGAACUACGGCGCUGGAGAUACAGUCUGAGAAUGAGUUGACAAGCUCCUGUUAAUACUGUGUGUGUGUGCGUGUGUGCGUCUGAUACAGGGUUACAAAUGGAUGUGGUGUGAGUUAUUCAGCUGUGUUUCUUCACUGUCAUUCUAUAUUGCACACACUACUAGAUCAAACCCUGGUCCUCACCACAUCGCUAGCAAAGGUAACACUUUACUUUAAGCCAACAGACAUAAUACAUUAUGAUGCAGUCAUAAAGAAUUGUAAAACGUAUCAUAAGCAUGUCCUGGCUAAAUACCAGCUGCAGAGACUGUUGGAUGAAUGCUGCCUAGGCACAUCACAUAUUAUACUGUAUUUAUCAUAAUAAGGCAUUAUAAGGGCUCAUAGUUUAUAAAAAGAUGUAAAGCAUUGUGUUUGUCAAAGUUUGUCAGUAAAGUUCACUUUAUUGUUAAAUGUUGUUGUGAGGUACUGUAGCAUUGAACUUAACCUUCACAACGGUCACUAUGGCCAUACUUCUGGUCCCUUUCUUUGUGUUUUCAGAGUUGUUGUUGUGUAUUGUAGCAUUGUAGCUAUUAGGUGGUCAUUUUGACCAUCCCCAUGUCUACAGUGUUCUGUGUGUCUGUCCCCACUCAGGAACCAUCAGGAGAAUAGAGCACCCUAUUCCCUACAUCAUCCACCAUCUUUUAUUCAGAGCCCUCUGUAGCUAACAUUACUCCUGCACGGCUCUGGUUGUAAACUAUUUAAAGAUUAGAGGGAAUAGUGUGUCAUUUUGGAGGCUGCUGGAAACUUCAGGAAGUGAUUUCUAUUCCCAGGUGAUUCACAUUCUGACCUUGUUUGUGUGAAUGCUAAUGGCUGUAACAGUGAUGCUACUGUGAGAAAAUUAAACAGCUUUAGAAAAUGUGAAAUGAGUGAAAGUCCUCUGUAGUUUUUUAUCUGUCUCUAUUUUGCUUUCUGUCUCGCUGUUUCUCUCCCUCUCUUUCCCUCUCUUCCUUCCCACCACUGUUCGGAAAAGGCUCUUUGAACUACAUCACUUUCUGUUAAAAAUGUAAAAAAACACUUAAUAGUUAGUUAAUAACACCGUGAAAAUAAAGCAACCACAUAAACCUCCCAGCCAAUGAGACGCUACACUCCAUGUAGGCAGGUAGACACACACACACUACAACAUACUACAACAUGUGUAGGAUGGUUAUUUUCUCCAUCUGGGAAGAGAUAAUGAAAGUAAAGGGGUUGCUGAUCCCCCGACAUAGAAAUCAAUACCUGCAGGUUGAUUCACAGCUAUAAGUCCACCCAUUAGUCUGUCUUUGAUGUAAUCUGUCUGAUGUAAGUUCUUAACCAUCACCAAAACCACUGGGCAGUGUGAUUAUUGUGAGAUUUGGGAAAGGGGCCAAUC